CGUCUUUCGAGCUGGAUUACUUUUCAGAUUACCUCUUUUUCUCCUUUUCUCUUUCACUCCUUCGCUCUUCCAGCUCGUUCUGACUCGCACAUCUCCACAUCUUCUCGUUCGUCUCCGGUUGAUCUGCCUGCGUCCGUUAGAUCAACAUCUCGCUGAUUUUGAUCAACCAAUUUCAAUCUCCUGCGAAAAUCGAUUCUGCGACGAUUUUUUCACCAAUUCUAAAACAAAAAAAUGCCCGUUUCGCUUCAACUGCUGGUCACCGUCGCUUGGCUCGGCAUGCUGCUGUGCAUACCUCCCACUGCCGAUGCUUGGCUGUGGCCGUUCGGCUCGAGCGCUGCACCGUCGGUUUCAGGUGCUCCACGACGCCUCCACCCGGACAUUGAUGAAUUUGACGCGAAUCGCGCCGUGACGUUCGAGCUGAUGCCUGCCGAACUCGCUGAGAACAACGACAUGAACUCGGCAGACGUACUGCGCCUCGUGCUGGAUGCUUGCCACGAGCGAGUCAUUUCAGAUUUGCGGCAGCGGUGCAGCGACAUGGACGAAGAAAGCAUGUCGCGCGUUGCCGUCCAGCUCUACAACUGUCAAGCCGUUCGCGAGCAGCGCCAGACCUAUCCUUGCACGAAUGAGAUGCGCUUGGCCGAUUGUACUCGUGACAUGGACGCCACGACAUGGAAUACGUACCACAUUAUCAGCAACCGAGCACGCCAAGUCUGCUUCUCCGUUCAAAGCCAAUUGUACCGCCGCCAAACUGAGCAGACCAUCAACAAGCUCAGCCGUUCUGCUGGCGAGCAGCUCCGAUCGCUGCGUGGGCUCCGCGACGAGCAGCAAGCUCUUUGGAAGAACACCAAAUCCGCAGUGGAUGAGCUUCAACAGGGCCAAGUGCAAUUGAGCGAGGGCCAGCAACUCAUGCUCGACAAGCAACUCCGUCUUCUUGACGAGCAGCGGCAGCUUGGAGACUCGCUCGAUGCCAACAUUAAAAUGCUCGAGCGAGGCCAGCAAGAGCUGCAACGAAUGAGCGAGUCCAUUUCUGUUGCUAUCGGAGACACAUCGCGGCAACUGCGAGCGCACCACCAGGACGCACAAAGCCGUUUCAGCCAAGUCAUGUCUGAAAUCGAUCACAUCCACAUGAACGCAGGCGAACUGUGGACCAAGAUCGAAGACGCAAGGCAACAGAUUGCCCUGCACCGUUCGGAGGCCGAGGGGUACUAUCACUCCACGUUGAGCGAUUUGGGCCGCAUCAAUUCCACCAUCCGCUUUCUGGCCGAUGUGUUUAGUGUGCGCAUGGACUGGUUGGGCCACGAAGUGACGGACAGCAACACCCAACUGCGGACGAUUUCCACCCUAGUGUUCCACGCCCUGUACCUGCUCGUUGUUGGUGUGGUCGUGUCCUUUUUGCGGGUUCCCCAGCUGUACCGCGUCACUCUGCUCCUCUCCUUGCUAUCGAACGUGAGCGCUCAAGUCUGGCUUGGAUCGUCUCUGAGUCUGCCACACCUCACAAUCGUCGUGGUAUCCUUGAUGACUGGCUUGCUCUGUCUCGACGUUCGCCGUCUCAAAGCUCAAGCAUCUCAUCAAGCGCCUUCGCCCACAACAGCUACAGGGCGGUAUGGACUCGAACGGCGGGUACCGACAACUCGGGCAAGAUUCACCGCCGCAACCGAUUCCACAGGCUUUGUCGACAUUGAAGGCGACGACGAAGACGAAUCCCGGCAUGAAAAGACUUCGUGCAUCAAAGCAGUCCUCGGGCGACCCGAAGCCGGGGCUGCGCGCCGUUGUGUCGCACUCACUCCCAUGGGCAGCGACGUGUGCUCGCGCAAGAUUUCCGACGGUGCCGAUCCCCGUCGCUCGCACUGUCGUCUGCAUUCACCUGAAUAGCAGGCGCGCUCGUUCUUGUCAUUGUUGUUGUUGUUGUUGUUUUCAGAUUGUGUAGGUGUGGAAUGGCUUUAUUGAGACGCAAAAUUCAAGCAACCAGAAUACAGCAUUCCACACAAAAUUCUAUCUGCUCGCAGAAUGCUGUGCUGGCUUUCCAACUCUCAACGUGAUCUAUUCGUUGCAGUUUUUCCACUGAAUCGACUUGUUCUGUUUUUGUUUGUUCAAGCAACAG